UACAUAAUACAACCUUCUAAGUUCUAACCGAUUUUAGAGAUACAAAUAUAUGGAAGGGAGGUUAUCUAGUGGUGGAGGGUGCUGCACUGCUAAGUACACCAGCAUCUACCCUUAUCAUGGCCCUACAACUCAAACCUAUCACAAGUACCACAACAUCGAUAAUAUCAUGCUCCGUUUCCGGCCCAUCGCCCCUAAACCGGCUGUCGGUGGUAGUGUGCCCACAACACCUACUAAAAACGAUACCGUUUUAAAGAGAAAAAAGCAAAUCCCUGAAAACACCGAGAGAAAGCACACUAACAAAAGAGGAAGGAAAUCAUCACGCGUGCGUUCUCUUGAUGAUCAUCAUAAAUCAUUCAACGGUUAUAAAGUAACGCUUCCGUUGUUACCCGAAGCACCUGAUCUAAGCCCUAAAUAUAAUAAUAAUAAAAUGAAAACCAACACCGUGGGCCAUGUUUUAUCUAUGCCAACGUGGCUUAGUUUCGGAUCGUCUGAUCAUUCAUCCGUGGAAUCAACGGUGAUAGUAGAAGGGGUGACAGGCACGUGGAUGGAUGGGAACGGACUUGGUUGUACAGACGAGGAGAGGAAGGUGAGGUUGGAUGACGACACGUGUCCUGGGUUUAUAUCCGACGGUUGGAAUCGAGUGUGCUGGACAAACAAAGCGUAAAGAAGAAUUGUAGCAGGAAAAGAAGAGAGAGAAGUGGUGGUGAAGAUAGAGAUGAGAGAGAAAGUAAAGUUGCCGGCGGGGAAUUUAUUCCCUGCAUUUACGUGCAGGGUAAAGGUGAAGUAUGGGAAACAAAUGUUGAUUGUGCCUUGUGAUGUGUGGAGGAUGGACGGUGGAGGUUUUGCAUGGCGAUUGGAUAUUAAUACUGCUUUAAGUUUAGGAUUAGGGCGCUAAUUACUAAUUAGAGAGCUUAAUAUGAAUUUUACUC